CCCCCGGCUCUGAACGGACGGGAAUGGGGUGGAGGUGCAAGCACAUUCCGGCGGGCGGUGUUCGCUGUUGCACGUGCUUUUGUCCUCUCUCUCUUCCGCCCCCGUUUUCCCCUUGUCCGCCCUCUGCCCCGACCCCGCGGUUGGCAUGCUGUUGUCUCUCUUUCUCUGUUCGCCCUUGUCGCGCGUGUUCCCUGUUCCCCCCCUGCCCGACCCUGGCUACGCUUAUGCUCCGCUUGUUCUGUUUUUCGCAGGUGGCAGGUGGGGGUCUCGAUCUCUCGGUGUGUGUGGGUUCCUGUGUAGCGCUUUAAUUUUUUUGGUCAGCCUUGGCGUUGAUUAUUUCCCGUCGUGGAGGGCGUUUGCUUCGAAGCCGUCACGACUGGGUUACCUUUGGCGCUGGACCAAGAUCAGAGCCCCCCACAUGCCCGAUCGUAGCCGCUUUUCUAGCCGAUACCGUGCGCAGUUGGGAAGCGGGGGAGUGUUAGAGGCAGGGAACAGGGCGCAUGGGCUACAUUGGUACGGAAUCGUUGACGGGGGGUUCGUGGAAGGGGAGAUUCGAGCAUGCUAGCUUUUUUUUAUUAUUGUUGUGCGCCGACGUUGGUGUGCUAAAGGCGAAGGAGUUUGUGUCUCGUCGAAGGCGAUGAAGUAUGGCAUGCAUGCGCGCCGCGUUGGCGAAGGCUGAUUCCGUGCGGUGAUGACGAUUGCACCUCUGUGCCCUGUUUGUGAAGUACCGAGGCGAUUGCGGGAAGUCAUGUGUUUGCUACCUCGAUAGCUCGGAUACGAACAGACGGAUAGGGUGCGUUCGGCUGCUAUGCGUGUUUCGCGUUUAACGCGGUCUCACCGCCACAGACACGCAACGCUUGGUCAACACGCUGAUGACACAACAAGCUUGAUACGAAUACUGUGCAGUCUAGUGAAACGUUAGGGUUGAUAACGGUUCGAGCUAUUUUGGCGGCGGGGUUGAUGGUCUCUUUGGGCUGUGUACGUAGGCUGCCAAACCCUUCCCUUUGGCGCCAGUGAGGCUAGCAUACGGUUAGGGUUGGGACCAAAGUCUGCCGUUUGGGGGUUCCCGGAUACAUAUAUCACAAGAGGGGAUCGCUAGCUUGCGCACCGCUUUUUUUUACCGAUGUUGUUUUCGACGUGGAGAUUGGGGUCGUUUUCGCGAAGUUGCUCGCAGCAUACGUUUCGUCUUGAGGGUCAACCGCAUAUUUUUAUUUGUUGGAAAAGGAGGCGAGUGACUUCCAGGGGGUGGGCUGUGUCAUGUGCCCUGUCCGUGCAACUUUGACAUGCAUGCGUAGCGAACGAAGGGAGUGGGGCAGGUGCGUACUCGAAGAGGGUGCAUGCUCUUUCGCUUUUAGGCCGGUUCAUCUCAGUUUUUCUUUUGAGCGGUCGAUCGUAGUUCCCGCGGCAGCAGGAUCAGCAGCAUUGGCUGUCCACGCCGAUGAUUUUUUGCAGACCGCGCCACUCCGUAGGCAGUUGUUGGUAUUACGUUAAGCGCUUGAGGGUAGUAGAUUCAACCUCCUCGUAUCGAAGCACGAAGAAAUCGAGCCCCGCCCACCGAAGAAUUCGAAUCGAACCCCGGGCGAGAUGAAAAGAGUGGGUUCGUUCUUCAUUUGAGUGGCGGUGGGUUCGUACUUUGGGCAGCCUUGCAAAGAGAAGAUCUUGUUGGAACGAACGGCAGACAUGUGCGUGGCGAUGUGCCGGGACUACUUGACUGUGAUGCCGUUGUGUCGCGCACGCCAGUUGAAAAGAAGAACGUGCAUGUUGGUGACAAUCCUGACAGAAGAGAAGAGUGGAUCAGUCGGAUUAUACGUCGUACGCGCGGGAAGGAUUUGGGUGGAGCAGUAAAGAAGGUUGUUCUAAAUCCGGCCGCUUUCCACGACAAAUUGUUAAGUGUUUUCAUCGUUGAUGGUGCUCUUGAGAUGAGAGUAUCAGCCCUACAUGCACGAUGCACACUUCAGCUUCGUUUUCGGGGGUCGACAAAGGGUAGGCGGGGUAAUUCUCUUGAUUAUUUAAACUUGGUUCUCUCAGUUGGCCGAAGAAUCAACGUCAGGGUGUUCCAAUAGGAGCACCAUACCCAUGGGGCACUUCACACGCGCCAAGGUUACUUCAGACCUACCAGACAGACGGCCGCAUCAUUUAUUGUGCCCUUGCUCUUGUGCUCAUCAUGGACCAAAGUCCUCGUGCGUGUUUGAAGCUCGUCCGAGUACGCGGGACUGUAUUUUUUCCCGUGAUCCAUCACCACCCUGUAGGGAUUCCCAGGGAGGAAGAGAAAAUUCACGUGGUUCACAUCUCUCCCGACACAUUCAUUCCAGGGAGAGCUUCAAAUACGCCGGCCGCAACAAUCAAACUUUACCGACGAGAUAACAUUUCACAUCCAAGAUGGACUGGGGACAGACACACAGAAACAUGUGCUUGCGCUUGCAUCAUGGCAUGUCUUCGGAUGGAUGCGUAACGUUCUGAAACCUCGUUCGGGGCUAUGACAUGGCACUUCGUAAUUCAGGGGCAGGAUCCGAGUGGUGCGUACGAGGGAGGCUGGCUGACAGUCAACAAACGGCUCCUUUCAUCCUGUGUUUGACCACAAGAAAAAAAAAAACGCAACUGCUGUUGGCUUGUGACCACUCAAGUCGUCCGCGUCAGUUGGACCAGCUCGGACAAAAGAAGGUACUGAGCGGA